CCCUCUCCGCGGAGUCCCCACGACGGGCGCGAGCUCCACGGUGGGGGGAGGGGGGGGGACAUCGCGGUCACGUGACGCGUCACCAGGAAGGGGCGGCCCCGUCUCCAUAGCAACGCGACGCGCGGCUCCAAGCGAAACCCUCGAGAUGUCCGACUCCGACGCGGAGAGAGAGGAAGACGGAGAUGAGGACGUGGUCGGAGAGGAGGAGGAGGAGGAUUUGGUGAGCGAAGAAGGCAAGGAGGGGGAGCAAGGGGAUGAGGAGGAGCACAAAGACGAAGAUGUGGAGCCAGCGGAGAUUGUUCCCGAUAACCGAUUGGCGCUUUCGGACAUGCAAGAGUGCAUCUCGCUCCUCUGCAAGACCGGCGAUGGAUUGGCGCUCGCGUACGUGCGUCUGCUUGCCACAGCACGGUCCCUGACGAACAUCUCAAUUCUCAGCGGAUAUCCACACCUAAGAUAUAUCGACGUUUCCUCCAACAGAAUUGCUGAUCUGUCUCCACUGUCAAACCUGUCUUACCUUGUGUCGCUGAAAGCCGACGGCAACGUCGUGGAGACGACGGAGCACCCUGCGCCGCUGGCCCACCUGCAGGUGCUGAGCCUGGCCCACAACCGCGUGGCGAGCGCGGGCGUGGGGCUGCAGCACGCGCAGCUCCAGACCCUCAACCUCACCGGUAACGCGCUGGUGCGGGUGGAAGGCUUGGGGAGCGCGUGUCGCCUGGUUUGGCUGCACACGCUCGAGCUCCGUGGUAACAAGCUCUCCUCCACUGCUGGGCUGGAGCAGCUCACCAGCCUUCAGCAGCUUUACAUGGCCGCUAAUCAAAUAACUUGGCUCGAAGGACUCUCCUCGCUGCACAAGUUGACCACGCUGCACCUCCGGGACAACCGCGUCAGCUCGCUCGGCGGUUUCAGCAGCAGCAUGGCUGCGCUGCAGUACCUCAACCUGCGGGGCAACAAAGUGGAGGACGUGAAAGAAGUGCUGAACCUGCAAUGCCUGCCUCUGCUGAGGGUGCUCGUUUUGUCCGAAAAUCGAUGCUCCGAUGGAUUCGGUAACGGCGAGGGGGAGGAGGAGGCAGCGGCAGAGGAGGAGGACGAUGAGGCCAGCGGAAUGUACCGCGCGUUCGUGCUGGCCACGCUGCCCCGCUUGCAGCGACUGGACAAGCAGCUCAUCACCGCAGAGGAGAGGGCAAGCGCCGCACAGGAAGGAGUCGAUGCCUGACCAAAGGAUGUAAGCAGUUGCCGGCCGUUCGCAUUCACAUUUACUCUCAAUUGAGUGAAUACAUCCGGUGGCAAUCAUCGCUCCCCCUGCUGGCAGGCUAAGGCCUCUGGUGUCAUUAUUGCAAACGAAACUCGUCCUGGUCUCUUGAGUUGUUACCUGAUUAAACAAACUCACCUACAUCUGGAGAUAAAACUAAUUUCUUGAGAAAUUUCUUGAGAAAUUAGUUAGUUGCCUUUCCCCCGCACCUCCGAUCAUCACGGUUGGCUACGUACGGCACGAAACGAGUUCAACACGCGUACAUACGUACCUGGUGAAACUCAAUAAAGUUGACACUUUAAAUAUAUGGGGCACAGUUACAAACUCCGCUGAAUGCACACACAUCGUGGAGGAUGCUGCGCUGUGCAACUGGCUGCUGGGGACGGUGGUGGUGGUUGUCUCCCAAUGGAUUGAAAUGCACGCAGGGGUUCCAAAGAUUGGCGCGAAGUUGUGAUGGCUUUAUAUAUGUUGUGCUCACAACAGGAACCAAACGAACGAAUGUGCCGGAGUUGGUUUUGAAUAAAAGGCAGGGGAAAACGUU